AUGUCUUGCGCCGCGGGAGUCGACUCCUCGCUCGGGCCCCGAGUCGAUCCCGCGUGCCGCCAGUUUGACUUUACCCUCGCGUUUGAGGACGUCGUCUUUGUCUGCGUCCCAGCAGUCUUGUUUAUUGUGCCUGCAUUGGUGCAGAUUGCUAUUCUGUUGCAGAAGAAAGCUGCCGUUCAGCGAGAGCUCGAUGUCUUUGUCGGGGUCAAACUUCUUGCCUUUGUCGCAGCCUUGGCGACCCAGCUUGCUGUGUUGGGAAUCCACCUUCGGACCACGGCUCUCGUGACGACCGUGUCGCUGGCUGGCAAUGUCUUGGCCUCCAUUGCGACUGCUGCUGCUGCGGUAUUGUCCUUUACGAGCUACCGCAAAUCCCCUCGGCCUUCGACGCUUCUGGCCCUCUACCUAUCUGCUGCUGUCUUGUUGGGCACUGCUCGUGCGCGAACAUUCUGGCUUAUCACAGGAAGCAGCUCCGCGUCGGUGUCUUUGAUAGCGUCCUUGGCCUUGCUGCUAUCAGCGCUCUUCUUGGAGUCGCUCCGUAGCAAGCCGCUGGAUGCUGAAGACGCGCAGACGCAAGGGAAAACUUCCGAGCUGUACAGUGGCUUCUGGAACCGAAUCACCUUUUCGUGGCUGGCGACUACGUUUUGGCUUGGCUACUCAAAAGUCAUAUCAGCCAAUGAUCUGCCUGGGCUUGACCCUAGGCUGCACAGUCAUGCUCUGCAAGACCAACUCUCACUCAACUGGAAUAAAAGUUGUAGGCGUGACGCUGACUAUGGACGUGGUCUUAUUGGCGCCUGGGUUCUUGUAUAUCUAGGCAUUGCCGUGUCCAAUUCUGUUUACAACUACCAGAAUCUUCGCUUCUCUUUGAGACUUCGAGGCGGCCUCAUUGCCCUCGUGUUUCAACACAAUGUCAAUACCCGACCUGUCGACAUGGGAGACAUCACCGGCGUGACGCUCAUGGGCACCGACGUUGAACGAAUUGUCAGUGGAAUGCAAAUGUUUAAUGAGCUGUGGGGCUCGCUAUUGGAUGUUGCCGUGGCUGCUUGGCUUCUCGAGCGCCAAUUAUCCCUCGCGUGCCUGGCUCCCAUUGUGCUGAUUCUGAUUUUUGUUGCCAUUACAUCCAAAGUCUCUGCAUCUGCCGGCACGUCGCAGCGACUAUGGGUUGAAAAAGUCCAAGAACGGCUUCGGGUCACGACAGCUGUUCUAGGAGACAUGAAAAGCGUCAAGCUUCUCGGCCUCCCAGCCGUGCUGUCCAAAAUUAUUUCUGCUACUCGCCUCGAUGAGAUUAAAACAUCGGAAAAGUUCCGCAAAAUCAUUGUUGCCACCAUCCUGCUGUCAUUGACACCAAUCAACCUCGCUCCCGUCGUCACAUUUGCUGUCUAUGUGAUAAUUUCUCUCUAUUGGAAAGACGACACUCUUCUCACUGCCCAGGCAUUCACCUCUGUCGCACUCAUCGCCCUACUUGUCAACCCCGUCAUCGCUUUUAUCCAGACCCUGCCAAACUUUUUGCAAACAACGGGAUGUUUUGGGCGCAUCCAAGAGUAUUGUAACUACGCAGACACGCCCGCGCAGGCAAAGAAGCCGUCAGCCGACUCUGGUUCUGCUCAGGCUGAGUGCCCCGUCACCGAUGACCGCAACAAGGGAGCUGGCGGUUUCCGUGAAAAGGACAAUCCUGUAAAGCUUGAGGACUAUCUUGGCGGCGAGACCUUUGCGUGGAAAGAUAAAGGUGCAAAUGUCCUCACGAAUACUCAUCUGCCCGUCUUGAGCGGCGGCAUCAACGUCAUUGCCGGCCCAACAGCCAGCGGCAAGUCGGCGUUGUUAAAUGCCCUACUUGGUGAGAUGGCCGCAUCAACAGCGUCUCAGAAUCGCCCAAUCAGCGGCUCUGUUGCCUACUGCGCCCAGAAUCCUUGGCUUGAAAACGGCACGAUCCGGGAGAGCAUCCUCGGCGUCUCUGAAUAUGAUCCAAAGUGGUACAACAAGGUAGUAUGGGCUUGUGGGCUCGAUGUUGACCUUGCCCAAGCUAAGAAGAAAGACAUGAUCAGGAUUGGCAGCGGCGGCUUGAAUCUUAGCGGCGGCCAGAAACAUCGUACUGCCUUGGCUCGAGCCGUUUACUCCCGGCACAAAACGAUCCUUCUUGACGAUGUAUUUGGCAGCCUGGAUGCGCAUACUUCUUCAGCCGUUAGGGAACGGCUUCUCGGGGCCAACGGUCUGUUACGGCAGGGCGUGCAAACCGUUAUCUUGGUUUCCAAUGACAGUCAGUCUUUCCAAGUUGUGCUUAUUUCCUGUUCUGAGGCGCUAACAAAUGACAAAGUGGCUUUCAUUUCCCUUGCCGACAAUAUUGCCGUGGUCCAAGACGGUCAAGUAUCAAAGUCUGGAUCAUACCUUGAGCUUUCAAAGAGCGAUGGAUACAUUGGCUCUCUCAAACUGGGCGGUGACAACGAAACACCGGAGUCUGUGGCUCGCGAAACACCUGAGUCUAGAGCAGAGGAAGCUACUGCCUCGCCUCUAGUUGGCAUACCAGGCGAGCUCGAAGACGGUCCUAAAGACUCCGGCAAGGAACUUCAAGACUUGCGACGCAAGAAUGGAGAUGCCUCGGUCUACAAGUACUAUUUUUCUAGCGCCGCAAUCUGGAUUAAGUGGUGGUCUGAGGCCAAUGAGAAGCAAGCGAAUGAAAAGGUUGGCAUGUAUUUGGGCGUCUACGCUGCGCUUGGUGUUCUUGCAACUAUAGGGGCUUGCCUGGCUGCUUGGACGGCCCUCAUCUCCAUCAUCUCUAAAUCGGCUGUUAAGCUCCAUUCUGAUUUACUGGAGACUACGAUGCGAGCACCCUUGCGCUUCUUCUCGACAACUGACAAUGGAGAAAUUUUGAAUCGAUUCAGCCAGGACAUGGAGCUGAUAGACAUGGAGCUGCCGUCUACAAUGAUCAAUUACUCUUCUACCCAAAUACUAGCCGUAUUUACUUGCGCUGCCAAGGUCAUCAUCAUUGCCAUCUUUUCGAAAUAUCUCGGCAUCGCCAUCCCCUUCAUGGGCAUUGCACUGUUCCUUCUCCAGAGGUUCUACUUGCAAACAUCACGCCAGCUCAGACACCUUAGCAUCGAAGCCAAAGCGCCGUUGUAUACAUUCUUCACUGCCGUUUCAGAGGGACUGGUCACUAUUCGCGCCUUUGGUUGGGAGCGCCAGUACCAAGGGCGGUGCCAGCGUCUCAUUGACGCCUCCCAAAGGCCCGAAUACAUGCUCAGCUGUAUUCAGUACUGUCUUGGGUUUGUUUUGGAGCUCAUGACUGCUGUGUUGGCUGUGGCUCUUGUCACAAUCACCAUCACCCUGGCCGAUCAAUUCUCCGCCGGAAGUGUUGGUGUUGGCUUAGUCAUGGUUAUUGGCUUGAGUGAGGUUCUAGUUCGACUGAUUAAAUCGUGGACCCGGCUAGAAACGAGCAUUGGCGCCGCGGCGAGAGUGAAGAGGUAUAUUGCAGACACCGAGUCGGAAGUGGCCAAGACAAAUGUUGUGGAUAUUUCACCGCAGUGGCCCGAAGCUGGCCAUUUAGAGAUUAAGAACCUGACAGCUUCUUACAGCGCGGACGCGGAGCCUGCCCUCAACAGUAUAUCGCUGUCGGUCAAACCCGGCCAGCACAUCGCUAUCUGCGGUCGCACAGGCAGCGGAAAGAGCUCUAUCAUUCUGAGUAUACUUCAGAUGAUUGAUACCAAGCCAGACGGGGCAAUCACCGUUGACGGAGUAGAUGUUUCCGCCGUCGACCCAGCGCAGCUUCGUCAGCGAAUCAACAUUGUGUCCCAAGAUGCAUUCCUGUUUCCUGGCACCAUACGCCUUAACCUAGAUCCAUUUUUCGCUGCUUCUGACAAUGCUAUUAUGAGAGCACUCAAGCGUGUUGAGUUAUGGUCUGUGGUUCAAGAAAAGGGUGGACUAGAGGCAGCCAUGGACGACAAAGUGUGGUCAGCAGGACAAAAGCAGCUCUUCUGCCUAGCGCGUGCUCUUAUUCGCAAGAGCAAAGUUUUAUUCUUGGAUGAAGCCAUGAGCAAGUAA